GUGAGCGAGCGGGCAUCUCUUUCUUGACAGCGAUCUGCGGCCACUGCGCGCAGCGCAAUCGCAGCGCCUGCGCCGUCGCGGUGGUACUACCGUUUCUUUCUCGUCUUUCUCUUUCCCUGACAAUCGGGCGCCUGGAAAUCGAUAGGUUUUGUCACGGUUCUCGAAUUCCACCUCGGAAGAUCGAUAUUUCGCGAUAUUUCGGGGUUGAGUCGCUUUGGCGCUGGAAAAUUAUGGUCGCGAAAUCCCGUGAUCUCAUAGUUUUCUCUACAACAACGUCAACAAUGACCGCUCGCGUGAGAACUCCGCAGGGUUUGAACGUUCUCUUCUUCUGGCGCCCAAUGGGAGGUACUAGAGAAUCGACCGCGGCUAUCUGGUAACCCAGAGCUUUUAAAGCUAUCUCUAUCUACCUAUCUAUCUAUCUAUCUAUUAGCUAUAUAGCUACAAGAGAGAAAAUUUGCUAUAUUAUAGGUGGUUUCCAAGCUUAAAGCAUAGAAAUAGUACUAAAAAUCCUCACCAGAUCUUGGCUCAAGUGCUACGAUAUCGUCAUGUUGGACUUAAAUCUCCAGCCCGCGAUGGAAGAAGAUGACUAUAGUACCACCGAAGCUCAAGUGACCAAAGGCAAGUUCUCCGAUUAUGAAGAAGCUUUGUCCGACAAGAAGAAGAGCGAAGAACAUCUGGAUAGUAUCGAAGAGAAGCCGUCCCAGGAGUGCUUGUCCGGAACUUCCAGCUCGGGUGUGGUCAACCCAGCAGCGCAAGCCACCAGCAGCUUAUCCGAGUCCGAGGAUACCGGAGAUGGCAUGACUUCCAAGGACCCUCUACUGCUGGCCACCGAUUCUUGCGCUCCGGCAACUCCCUGCGAUCAAUUUGGGAGCGAGAGCGAUGCUUCUCUCCUUCUGGAUGUGGCUGCUGCGGAUCCAGGAAGCUCUGAAAGUGAAGCUGAGGAGUUCCCUCUCUUUAUCACACGCCAGUUUCUACCUUUGGAGCCACUCUUCGCAAACGCUUCUCCAGCGAUCUUUGCAACAGCAGCAGAUAGUGGGAAGGACGAGAGUCUUAUGAUCAGCACGGUAAUGAUGGGGAAGCGUCAGUUCGGCUGCAUCGAUGCCAUUACUUUGGAGCUGCUCGAUCCAGUCAGUGCUCCUCCUCCUCCACCAGCUCCAGCUCCAGCUCCAGCGAAGAAAAGUCGACGCGGUCCGAGAUCCAGGAGCUCACAGUACCGAGGCGUGACCUUCUACAGGCGAACUGGACGAUGGGAAUCACACAUAUGGGACACGGGAAAGCAGGUUUAUCUCGGUGGCUUUGACACAGCUCACGCUGCCGCCAGAGCUUACGACAAGGCUGCAAUUAAAUUCCGUGGCAUGGAUGCCGACAUCAACUUCAACUUAAGUGACUACCAAGAGGAAAUCAAGCAGAUGUCCCCGCUCUCCAAGGAAGAGUUUGUGCAUAUACUUCGCCGCCAGAGCACUGGCUUUUCUCGUGGCAGCUCAAAGUAUCGCGGGGUGACUUUGCAUAAAUGUGGAAGGUGGGAGGCAAGAAUGGGACAGUUCCUUGGAAAGAAAUACAUCUACUUGGGGCUUUUCAACACCGAGGAAGAUGCGGCGAGAGCAUAUGAUCUUGCGGCUGUUCGUUGCAAUGGCGGAGAAGCUGUGACCAACUUUGAUCCCAGUAAUUACACUCAAUACCAAGAUCACCUGCAGCUUAAUCUUGGUGGAUCAUGCCAACUGGAAAAAUGAGGCCAGUUUGAGCAGGUAUGAUAGUUCAUUUCCUAUUACAAAACUUUCUUAUAGCAAGAAUAGCAGUACAAAAAGAUAAUCUUCGAAAGAAAAAAAAAGCUUUUGUAAUAUUGUAAAAUGUACAUUAAUGAAUUAAUGAAUUGUAAGUUAUAGAGGAA